AAAAGACAAAACCGUUUCACUUUACUUUUCAAAGUCCGUCUUCUUGAUUCGUCAUCUUUCUCAAAGCUUCGAGACAGAUUCAUAACUUCUCAGUGUUUUCCUGUUAAUCUUCUCACUAUUUGAUUCUUCCUUUUUUUUUGCCUGUAAACUCGACACGUGGACUAUCCUCCACUUACUUAUCUUCAAGUAGCUACCCCGCUCUUUACCUGUUCCGGUGAACUAGCGAUGAGAUCUAGAGAUUUAGUUUUAGGAUCUUACAAGUAAAUUAAGAUUAUCAACUUUAGAUUUGUCUGAGUUUUAGGGCUAGUUGAUAGUGUGUCUAUAGUGUUCAAAGGAUGCAUACUAGGGUUGUACAGGUGGAAGAAGGUAAAGAUAAUGUAAUCUCGGUUAGGACAGGACAGUAUAAGGCAUUUAGACCGAAACUGCCACUUGUCCUAGGUCUUUUUCUUGCUUUCUCUGUUACUAUCUUCAUCAUUAGUGUCUCUACAAUUAACUACACUGGCCUACAAAGUGUAGUAACCACUGUCACUUCCACCUUUGUCCCAUGCCGUGAAGACGAGCCGAACAGUUUAAGUAAAUGGAUACAACCUCCUCCUGUUCUGAUACAUAACAUGACCGAUGAGGAGCUACUCUGGCGUGCCUCCUUCUGGCCUCGGAGAAAAGGAUAUCCGUUUAAAAGGGUUCCGAAGAUUGCGUUUAUGUUCUUGACUAAAUGUCCCUUGCCUCUUGCUUCGCUUUGGGAGAGGUUCUUGAAGGGUCAUGAGGGUCUUUACUCUGUUUACGUUCAUCCUGAUCCGUCUUUUACAUCCAAGUUUCCAGCUGAUUCUGUUUUCCACCAGAGGCAGAUACCAAGUCAGGUUGCACAAUGGGGGAGAAUGAACAUGUGCGAUGCAGAGAAGCGGCUUCUCGCAAACGCGCUUCUCGACAUCUCCAACGAAUGGUUUGUUCUAGUCUCAGAGUCAUGCAUCCCACUCUACAACUUCACAACAAUCUACACCUACUUAAGCCAAUCAAAACACAGCUUCAUGGGUGCUGAUGACGUCCCUGGACCCUUCGGUCAAGGCCGCUACAACGAAAACAUGGAACCUGAAGUUCCCAUCACCAAAUGGCGAAAAGGGUCUCAAUGGUUUGAGGUAGACCGUGACCUGGCAGUUACCAUAGUCAAAGACACAUUGUAUUACCCGAAAUUCAGAGAGUUUUGUAGACCUGCUUGCUAUUCAGACGAGCAUUAUUUCCCUACUAUGCUGACUAUUGAGAAACCAAUGGCGUUGGCUAACCGGAGCGUGACGUGGACGGACUGGUCUAGAGGGGGACCCCACCCGGCUACGUUCGGGGAAUCAGAUGUUACUGAGAGCUUCUUUCAAAAGAUAUUUGAUGGUGUGAGUUGCAGUUACAAUGGUCGUAACACUUCUAUGUGUUAUCUCUUUGCUAGGAAGUUUGCUCCUAGUGCUUUAGGGCCUUUGCUUCACAUUGCUCCCAAGAUUCUGGGAUAUUAGAGAUUUUAAUUCUAUAUCAUUUUGUUUCUGUUGUUUUUAUACAAGUUUGGAAGUUAAGCAUGAUGCUUAAGUCAGAUAAGAAACUAAAAGUUUGAUAUAGGACAAAGACUGAUAAGGCUCUCGUCUCCUUGUGAUUCUUUGAAGUUAGUAGUAUUUUGCUUACCGACCAAAGUUUUUGGGUUGAAAGUGAAUACUUAAUACCUG